GAGUCUUAGUUUAAUUCUUUACUCUGCAGUUACAGUAAUAAAAACAAAGUAGACAACGAACUUUUAGACAAAAAACAUAAGUUGCUGGAGAAAUUCUGGCAUCGUCUGUGGAAAGACGAGCAGAGAUAAACAUAUUCCAAAAAUGAAUCUCUGUGGGCUGGAAACGUUAACUCUCUGUUCUCCUCUCAGAUGCUGUCCACUGCUAUGUUUUUCAGCAAUUUAUUUUAAAUUUCAGAUUUCCAGCGUCCGCAAGUGGUUUUAGUUUCGUGCCUUAUUUCUGCCUUCUUCGUAGAUAGCUUAUGCUCCCACUCUGCAAAUGAUUGUUUAUUUCCCAUCUACUGUUAUGUUAUCUUCCUCAUUGGUUAUUUUGCUCUGCCUCUCCCCAAAAUUUGUGUUAGUCAAUUAUAAUAUUGCUGUUUGUAAGAUAUAAGGAAUGAUUGUGUAGUAGUCAAUAAUGGCUGUGUUUCAAGCAUUUAGUUUUGAGAUAAUGCCCUUACUACCCAGCCAGGACCACCAUUGAAUUGUUGUCUGACAUGCAGAAUAUGGCUGAAUUCUAUUUCUGAAAUGUCAUUGUGAUUGUCAUGCCAGUUGCUCUGAUAAAUGUGAAGCAAGUGCGGCUGGGUAUGUGAAUCAUCACAUGAAUUGCUUUUAGUCGAUGAACAAGAUGAUUUUGACUCAUGAGCUAGAACUCUUUCCAGGAUGCACUGUGACACUUCUGUUGUUUAAAGAUGUUAAAAAUGCUGCUGAACUUCGAAAGAAAGCUGUGGAAGGAACCAUAGAUGGAGCUUUGAUAAAUGCAUCCAUGAUAGUCGAUCCAUUUCAGAUACUUGUGGCAGUCAACAAAGCUGUUCAUUUACACAAACUGGCCAAAAUGAAGACAAGAGGCCUUUAUUCUGAAAUCAUAUUUAAUCUCUCUCCAACUAAUAACAUUUCAGAUGCGUUCAGAAAAUUUGGGAUUUCAGAUAAUGACUCAGCUGUUCUCAUUGUUCUGGUGGAUGAUGGAGAGAAAAAGACUGAUUUAGAACAUGUCUCAAGGCAAGUGGAAGGUCAGCAAAUCCAUAUCCAGGAUCUUUCAGCAAUUGCGGAUGUGACCAAAAUUAAAAAGAUUUACAAGGUGUCUCCUCCUGAGGAAAAAGUUGGCAAUUUGUUGGAUUCAAUUAUUUGUCGAAUGUCAGUGAAAGAUAUUCUUUGACAGAAGAAACCCUGUUACUUUAAAUGAACUCUUCAACCAUUUAUCUUCUGAAGGUGAAACAGGAGAGCAGCAGCGUACAAACUAGAAGCAUUGCCCCCAAUUUUAUAUGCAAUCGAACUAAAAGUCAAAGUCCUCUUCUUCAUUAACCACUGCAAUCCAUACAGAAAGCCCGCCAUUAUUGUCUCGAGGUCAACUGUAUUUUUAAAUAAUAAAUGCUGACUUUAUAAACAGCUGAUUUUGUAAACAACUGCCUGUGCUUGAUUAAAGAUCCUGGAAAUACCUGCA